AUGACCGACUGGAAGACGCAGAUCGGCUACAAGUACAACCCGUCUUACCAUGCCUAUGCCUACGGCCUCAUGUACCAGCCGGGUCCCGAGCAGAACCACGGGAACCACAUGAGCUGCUGGAGCGACUCCGGAGUCACCGACCUGAGCAACUACAACGCCGGGGUUCCGCAGGCCUACUACACCCCCACCCCCGCCAGAGCCCGGGAGGAGUCCCCGCCGGGCAGCCCGGAGCAGCCCGCCGCCGGCGGACAACGACAUUACCAGGGCUCCGGGGUCGUCUCCCUCGGGGACGCCCAGGCCGGCCGCCUGCUCCACAGCAAUCACCGGUCUGCGUACGACGACGCGCGGGCGGAGGGAGUCGGGCAGGUCGGGAGCCCCUCCACCAGUGACUCUGAUGCUCACACCUCACCAGACUCGUGGAGUUCAAGGAGCAGCAGCAGCAGCAGGGAAGGAGGUCUGCCCCAGACAGACCCUGCUACUUGGGUAAGGAGGGAUCUUGAAAGUGAGGCGCGGGACGAGAGUCCCAUUUCCAGCAAGGACGUUUCCAGCUCUCUUGUGGAGGAGCCUGAGGUCUUCACCGCCACAGGGAACAACGGCGCUGCAGACAUCACCCCUCUACAAGUGCCCGUAGCUCUCCCUAAUAAGCCAAGCCCUCCUGCUGUAACCAAACCUAAAGGAAAGGUGCGGGCAGCCUUCUCAGAGAGUCAGAUGAACACUCUGGUCCAGCGCUUCAGGGUUCAGAGGUACCUCACCCCGGCUGAAAUGAAGAACCUGGCAGAAACGACCGGCCUGACUUACCAACAGGUGAAGACUUGGUUUCAGAACCGGAGGGUGAAGCUCAAAAGGCACCAGAAAGACACGAGCUGGGUGUCUGAGCAAUACACCCUCAACAAGGAUGGUCCAGCUCACGGAACCAUGUACAACAACAUUCCUCCACAUAUCCCACCCUAUCGGGGAGAAGCCCAGUCCCAGCUCAAGGAGCAUUACAACCAGCACAUGAUGAAUGCGACUCCACAGAACCUGGCCUUCUACCUGGCUGCUAUGGGUGGAGCCCAAGGGUCUGCUGGCUACCCCUCCUGGUCCGCCGCCUCUUCCCAGACGGCAAUGCCAACCAGGCCCCCAGCAACCGGCUGGUCCAUGCCGCCGAGCAUCAACCAUUACGAGUACAACCACAAUGCGUCCAACGCAUCCACGGCAAACAACACCGGGCACAAUACGAGCUUCGAAACCAAAGACGAGGAGCCUGUCAACAGCUGA